CGUAGAUAAUUAUAACACCAUAAUAGUAACGAUUUUCUCUCUCUCACUUCAAAUCUCUUUCUCUUCUCGCUCACUCCCUCUUCCUCCUUUGCGAUCCAUCACUGCCAUAACUCACCGAGAUUUCGAUUCCACGCUCUUUCGGUGAUCGAUUUUCUCCAUAACCCUCGAUCCACGCAGGUCCUCUGUAAAAAUUCAAAACCCUAGUUUUUUCUCUUCAUUUCUUUUUCUUAGUUUCACGGCGGAGCUUUAGAUUAGGUCCAAACCCUUCAAUGGUUACGGUCCCUUUCGUUUUCUCUUGGAGCCAAUUUUCUUUGGUAUUCCACAAAUUUUGAAUUUAAUUUCUUUCAACAAUGAAUCUGCGUUAUGAUUUUUGGGUGAUGAACUGUAUAUAUAUUUCUCACGAAAUUCAUUGAAGAGGAGAGUGGUUUUCAUCUUUCUAGGUGAUGGGUAUUGCGAAUUUUUCACAAAGGAGGAAGCUUGGGAGGGUUUUGGAUAGUGGGUCUUGUUGAUUGAGUUGGAUCAGUGGCUAGAAUUUUGCCUGUGUAUAUUGGUUCCGAGUUCUUUGUUUUCUUGGCUUUGAAGAUUUACACAUCAUAGAUUGAAUAAGUGGGCGAUGGAUAAGCGGGAAUUCACCUCGUGCUUACGCUAGGAUAAUAAUAUUUGUGGGUUUUUACUUUUCUGUGUUUGGUAUUAGGAGCAAAAGAGUUUUUGGUUAUAUGGGUGAGCUUGCGUUAUGAAUUGUGUAAGUGAUGAUGGCCAUUGACUAGUGCUCUUUGUGGUUGAUACUUUGCAUUAUAAAUUGGUUGGAAAUAUUUCACUAUUUUCACCAACUUUGCGGAGAGAAAUUCUUAGGUAGAGAGAACAAAAUGAGCUUUGAAAGUGAAAAGCAGAACUUGUUGGAUCAGGCUACUGAUCAAUCUGAUCAAGGAUUGCCAAAGAAGAUAAAAAUUUCAUACACGAGGGAAUUUUUGUUAUCGCUAAGUGGAUUGGAUAUAUGCAGAGAGUUUCCUAGUGGGUUUGAUCGAUCGCUUAUAAGUGAACUUGAAGAUGUUUCUCAAGAUAGACAAAGAAGUUCAGGCGGUUUGUCAAUGCAUAGCUUUAGACGUAAUGACUAUGGUUCGUCCCCUCCCACCAGAGGGGAUAGCUUUCCGCGGGGAGUCCAUGGAAAAUGGGAGACUCGAUCUUCUGGACGGUCUGAUAAAGACAGUGAUUCUCAAUCCGAAUGGGAUUCAGAUUCCGCAAAACGUUUUGGCAAUCAGUCCCGUAGAUCUUGGCAAGGUCCUGAGCAUGAUGGGCUUCUAGGUAGUGGUUCUUUUCCUCGGCCCUCUGGGUAUACCCCUGGGUUGUCUGCUCCCAAACUUAAAGCUAAUGACAACUACCAGCUAAAUCGGUCUAGUGAGCCAUAUCAUCCUCCACGUCCUUACAAGGCACCUCACUCACGUAGGGAGACUAAUGACUCUUAUAAUGAUGAAACAUUUGGUUCUUCGGAGUAUACAAGUGAGGACAGGGCUGAAGAGGAAAGAAAAAGAAGAGCUUCUUUUGAACUGAUGAGAAAGGAACAGCAUAAAGCUUUCCAAGAUAAGCAUAAGUUGGACCCGGAGAAGAAUAAUGAUGAUUUUGACAUAACUUCACUUGUUGAAGACGAUGAGAAAAUGCUAGUUAAUAGGAGCAAUGAGUCUGUGGAGCCUCAUGUGACUCUAGCAGCUUUAAGCAAUGAUGAGAAAUCUUCUUCCCUUUCACAGACUCUUUCAGCAGCUAGACCACUUGUACCUCCAGGAUUUGCAAGUACAAAAUUGGAACGUAAUUUUGCUACCAAAACAUCCCUUAGCACUCAUUCAACAGAGGCUGGACAACCUGCACCUGGUGAUACUGGAGGUAAUCAUGUAUUCAGUAUAAAUUCUGACAAUAGAGGAGAAUUAUCAACCAAGAAAAUGGAUAAUGAUCAACAGAAUCUUCAAAGCACAAAUCUAAAUAUUUCAACUAGCCAUGUGAACGAUAACAUUUUAAAUUUAUCAUCAGUUUUGGAUAGUCCCGACGUUAAAAUUGGAACGGGUGAUCAAUUGAGGAAGAGAUCUGCUCUUUCAGAAGUCUUGGAAACAUCUCAACUUAAUGCUGAAGUAAAAGGAAAGGAGGAUGUGGGAGUUCUCAAUCCAGACAAUUCAAAUUCUAUCUUAUACAAGCUUUUUGGUAAUACUUCAACAGUAGACAGUGAGAAAUCUACUAGUAUUAUUGAGCAGCCUGAUCAUAAAGCUGAUGUGACUUGGAGUCCACAUGCCUUCCAAUCUUCCAAGUUUGCUCAUUGGUUUGUUGAAGAAGAAAAAAAUCCAGUGGAUGACAUGACACAGAGGCCAAAUGACUUGCUCUCACUUAUUGUUGGUGGUGAAAAGGGGGGUUUGCAGACUUCUAAUGUAGAAACAACCGGUCUUGCAUCUAACUUUUCUCUCCGAAAUCCUGAACCAAUUAGUGAGCAUAUGGCUUCAAAUGCAGCACAUACUACUAUUGACAACUCUGCACAAUUGUCCAAGAGUGAUAAGCCUGAGGUUUCACCAGCAGUUCUUACCUGUGAAGAUCUGGAACAGUCAAUUUUAUCACAAGUUAGUGAAAAUGGAUCGUCACAUCAGCAGCCCAUUCAGGACAAAGAUCUUGAUACAAAAACUGAGCAAUCUAUUUCAAUUGAUAAUCAUGCAUCCCUACACCUCCUUUCUUUGUUACAGAAAGGAACCUCACACAAUGAUAUGGAACUAUCAUCUAUUCUAGAUUCUACAGACAAGGUUCCGAAUUCUGAUGGAUUCACUACCAGCAAUGUUCUUGAUAAUCCUGGAGAAGAAAAUGCUGAAGUUUCCAAUUCAUCGAAGACAUUGACACUAGAAACACUUUUUGGGUCAGCUUUUAUGAAGGAGCUUCAAUCAGUUGGAGCACCCCUUUCUGUUCAAAGGGGUUCAGCUGGAUCUGCAGGGCCUAAUGUUUCAGAGCCUCUUCUGUUUCCUUUCCCUACCUCAGACAAUGUUCACCCUCCCACCGGUGAACAUACCCUGAAUAGACGUGGAAGUGGUGUCCUGCCACCAGAACAAACACAUCAACCCAAAACUAAUAGAUUUGAUGAACAAUGGUUGGGUUAUUCUGAUUCCCAGGGAGAUGUUAAUUCAUCGUUGCUUCAGAGUGAAUUUCCCAAAGCCAGUGGUUUCAAAGUGCCUCGUGAUAUUCACCUUCCAGAAGAAGAUAACUUCAUUACAGUUAGUGAUCCUCUGCAAAACUUUUUAUCUGCUGGAAAUAUAGUUAAAACAGAUAUGUCCCAAGACACAACAGUUGACAUUACCAGAAAACUGGCAGCUCUGAAUCCUGCAUUUAGGGAUGACCGACUUGUUAUGAGAAAUCAUGAAGGCCCAGCAUACCCUCAUGGUGGUCCUUUUGAUAUGAGAGAACCUGGCAUAUCUUAUCAGAAUCUUAAUGUCCAACGAUCUCAACAGAUCCACCCUCAGUUAAAUCAUGGUGGCUCAAUGUUUAAUCAACUGGAUUCCCAUCCUCCUCAUAUUAGUUCUUAUAUGAGGCUUCCAAAUCCUGAGGGCAUGAUUCGUCAUGACUCACCACCAAAUCAUCAAUUUCCGGGAAAUAUGCUUCAUCCUCCUUUCCAUCAAUCAAGCAGUGCACUACCGGGGUUUGAUUCUCCCGUUCAUUCUAUGUUACAACAGAUGCACAUGCAAGGAAACCACCCCCUACCUCAUCUAUUACGUGGAUUCCCAAGGGGUGGACCUGUGCCUUCUCAUCCCAACAAUCCGAUGACUGGCUUCAUGCAGGAACCAAACCCAAUUCAAGGCCAAGGCUUCCCAUUUAGUGGUCACCAGCAACCUUCUUUUGGUGGCCCUGGAAUGCAAUUACAAGCUCCUGAUGUUGGUGGUGGAAGAAAUCAUCCAGAAGCACUUCAGAGGCUUUUUGAGAUGGAGCUCAGGUCAAACCCAAAGUCAAUCCAUGCUUCAGGUCACAGCCAGGGGAUGUAUGGUCAAGAGCUAGACUUGGGUUUUGGGUAUAGAUAGUGUACUAUCUAUCCUUGUUGAUGUGUAUACUAGAUUGUAUUCACCUAAUGUUGUGCCGAUCUACCUCCUGCAUGGAAGUUGGGUUUCAUAUGAUGCUUUUCUUUGGAAAAAAAUUAGCUAUUCUGUAAUUAAUGAAUUUUCAACAAUUUGCAUUUUA